UCCUCGUCCGAGUCGACUCAAUGGACACGCCUUCCGUGGUUUUGUAUCGAUUCCAGGGAGACAGUGAGGUAGAACUGUUUGUGGGAGGGUUGAAGAUGGGGAGCUUCUUCAGGUUCAGAGCAUUUCUCUUGUUGAUUUUCGCUGUAACCCAUCUCUGCUGCAAUUCCGUUGCAUACGGUUCAUCCUCGGCAUCUUCUUCUUCCACCACUAUGCACACCAACAACUGGGCUGUUUUGGUCUGCACCUCUCGCUUCUGGUUUAAUUAUAGGCAUAUGGCCAAUACUUUAUCCUUGUAUAGGACAGUUAAACGGCUAGGAAUACCUGAUGAGAGGAUAAUACUUAUGCUGGCCGAUGACAUGGCUUGCAAUGCUAGAAACAAGUAUCCAGCGCAAGUCUUCAACAAUGAAAAUCACAGACUUAACUUGUAUGGAGAUAAUGUUGAGGUUGAUUAUCGAGGUUAUGAAGUGACAGUUGAAAACUUUUUACGGGUCUUGACUGGGCGUCAUGAGACAGCUGUUCCAAGAUCAAAGCGUCUUUUAAGUGAUGAAGGAAGCCACAUUCUUCUGUAUAUGACAGGGCAUGGGGGAGAUGAAUUUCUAAAAUUUCAGGACUCUGAAGAGCUUCAGAGUCAUGAUUUAGCUGAUGCAGUGAAACAGAUGAAAGAAAAGCGUAGGUUCAAGGAGUUGUUAAUAAUGGUAGACACUUGCCAAGCUGCCACUCUCUUCUCACAGCUUCAUUCACCUGGUGUCUUGGCAAUUGGAAGCAGCAUGAAAGGUGAAAACUCGUACUCGCAUCACUUGGACUCUGAUGUUGGUGUUUCUGUUGUAGAUCGCUUCACUUUUUACACGCUUGCCUUCUUUGAGAAGCUAAAUAUGUAUGAUAAUGCUUCAUUGAGCAGUCUUUUUGGUUCAUAUAAUCCAAAUAUGUUGAUGUCAACAGCUUAUUACCGAAUGGAUUUAUACGAAAGACGGCUGGAGGAGGUACCUGUAACAAACUUCUUUGGCUCGGUCAUGGAAACAAUUCACACUGUCUCUGCUUAUAGGGCCCCCUCAGGCAAAAACUCUGACAAGGAUAAAAUCAAAUUAUCAUUGGAUCAAUCAGUUGGGCUGGACAAGAAAAGAACAUUAACAAGUUCAAAUGUUCAGGAUCAAAUUAAUAACUCAAACACAAAGGAUCAACUUGGUGUUUUUGAACAUUUAUGGUGUACUUUUCUCAACAAAGCUGAAAAGAUUGAAGAUGUUGAUAUUUUGGUGAAUUAUGGACUGGUAAUAAUGCUCCCACUAGUAGCUGUUUUCACUUGGCUGUCACGUUGAAGAAAACUGUUGCAAGUAUGAAGAUCUGAGCAUUGGAGGAUGCAAUAGGGGAUGUAUGUUACUGCCUAAUCAUUGUUUGAUGAGCAGACCGGCAUGGUGGACACUGGACAAGGUUGGGUCAGAGAACCAAAAUCAAACACCUUUGACUAACACUUGAUACCCUACUUGGGAAAGUUGCUAACCACACAUGUCAGUGACUAGUGUUGAACAUCUUGAAUUUAUAAUUUUUCUUUCUCUAUUUGUACCGAUGUAUGCCCAGAUUAUGACAUUCAUAGAAGCCUGCUACAAAUUUGACAAUGGGCAGUGCUGCUUGCAAAAAUAUAUUGCAGAUUUUAAGAGCCUGAUAAUUUUGUAGUCAA